AUGAGACGAGGUGAUACAAGUGGGACGAACGCGCAGACCAACCAGGAACAGUUUCAAACCCCGGAUAAGCUUCCUCCAGGUGACAGCUUGAGAGGGUCAUUAACUACAAAGAAGAGGAUCGGAACACCCGCUUCUUCAUCUUCUACAUCAAGGUCAUGGAAGAGGUCUUCAUUUGCCGGUGCCCGAGACCAGCCGACACUCACGCAGAUCGACUUCGUAACGCAGGUAUCGCAGCAUCAGUCAGAUGACGACGAUGAUCUCGAUUACAUCGCCGAGGCACCUAAACAUGGUACCAGGAAACGUAAGGAGGUCAUUGAGAUAGCAGAUGAGUCUGGAAAUGAUGCCGAUUAUCGACCACCUUCAAAUUCACGAGUCCCGCGAGCCCGCGGCGUCAGAUUCGACCAGGAUACGAAUAGUGUCGGGUCUAAGCAGUCUAAGGCGGUUAGUCGAGGCGAUGGUCCUUCAAAACGGGGUCUGAGAAAAAGUGGUGACGGCGUCAAGGGUAACAAGAAGGGCAAGGACAAGCAACAGAAAGAUAAGACAUUGACACAGAUGGACUAUGUUAGACGGUACUUGAAGAUCGAGCCUGAUGAGGAUGUCAAGUUGGAGUACACAUAUACCACUCCUCAAAAGCAUGAACGAAACUCUCAUGAUUUGCAACCUCCGAACGCUGGAGAUACGGCUCCCAAUCCGGUUGAUACCUAUGCCACUUCAAGUGAAUCCAAGAGACGGAAACUGAAUGACGAGUCGCGAUCAAGUGGAGAAGCGGAAUCAGCUGGACACCCCAAACCGGCUGAACCAUUUGCAGGUCCAGUCACACCGCGGAAGCCUAGGCGAUCGGAAAUACCCUCCUCUCAAUCUCCAGAGAGCCCCGGACUCGCGAUCAUCACAUCAUCGCAGUUCCGCAGUGCAACUCGUUCUCCCCUUAAACGGGAAUCCCCAACCCCAACCAUUAAACGCAUCAAAGAAGAAUCACCUGGCUACGAGCAAGUAGAGGGUGCCCUUAAGAGUCCGGAAGAAACAUUAUCCCAUGAUUCAACGCCGCCAUCUAUGAUACCCCACCCUCCGCCUACAGUCAAGCUCACCUCAAAAGAAAGCUUAGAGACCAAUGCAAGCUCUACCCAGUCCUACUCUACGAAAGGGACAACAGUUCCAAAAGAGGGAAUUGAUACACAUCAGGAACUUGAUGAAAACCCCAAGACUACGCAGAGGACUGUCGUAUAUGAAACAGACGCUGAGACCGACACUGGUGACUUUCAAGACAACGAUUUCAAUAUACCUGGCUCACCUCCCGAAAGAAGGUCUGACAACCAUUUCCAUACUUACGAAGAUGAUAAUGAGCUGCCAAACGAAGAUUCCCAAGAACUUCCACCAAUUCCUCCAUCCGGGCUAGAUGUUGAAUCCGGUCCUCUACAAUCAGAGACCAAUCUGCCAUCUGAUGCAUCAGUAUACUACCGGAGACCGCAGCAAGCUACACAGUUUCCACUCGAGCCAAUACCCGUACUUAAUACUCAGAAAAUGGCGGAGCUCUUCCCGGACUAUCAGCAAGAGUCGGCUACUGUCUCAGAACCGCCGUCAACACCACAACGACUCCUUUAUACUCAAACGCAGACCCAAUCUCAAACCCAAGACCAAGACAAAGCUUCGACAGAGAUUGUUCCCGAAUCAUCACCUAUUGUACGUUGUGAAAGCGGAGUUAAUCCAAAAGACGCUAUUCGACGUGGACAUAUUGCUCGAGAAUCUGUCGUGCAGGUGGAGUCUUCGCAACCUGCAGAUAGAUUUCAAAGGAAAGCCGAUACUGACAGAAGCUCUCAGCCACGAGGUAUUCUAUCAAGGAGCGAUCUUCUGACAUCGAGUGUUAUGGAAAGUAUACCAUUGCCGGCAUUUAUGUUGGGCAGUCAGGAUAGUAUCGGAGAGCCUUACUCAGAUAUCUAA